CUUUUUCUGUAAUUUUCCAAGCUGACCCACUAACCUCCACUGUUUUUCUGCUGCUUUUAGCGGAUUUUUGCAUAAUUUAAAGAGUUUUACCAUUAUGUCUCUUUUCACCUGUUCAUGUCUGAACAUCAAGAUUGCUUGCAAGUCAAAACCAAGUUUCCAGAACAAUGAAGAUUUAUGGAAGACAAAGUAUGAAUUUUUCUCACAAAGUCUGGGUCAAGCUGCCAAUGCUGAAGUAAAAAAGGAACACUCGUACUUGGUGCAUAAGCUGGCUGUGGGGGAGUGGACAGUGAACAGGUGCUUGAACUGUGGGGUGGAGACACAUGCUACCUCCCAACUAUCCAGUGUGGUGCUUCUCUCACCUCAGCUUCAGUGUGACCCAGUCAUAACUGAGAGGUUGAUGCAGUCUCCAGAUUUUUCUUGCGUUUUCAACAUUGUGCUCCACGGGCAGAAGUCGACCAUUUCUAGUCAAGACAUGCCAGAUCCCUCCUCUCCAAACUAUGAAUCUCUCCAAAAGGAACUGAGUCAUGUUCAGGACCAGAUCAACGUCUUCCUUCUACAGGAAGAGGAAAAAAUGGAGAAGAGAAUCAGGCAAUUUGAGGAGGAAGAAAAGGCCAGGUUUCAGACUUUACAAUCAAAUGUCCAGACAGAAAAAAAGAAAAUGAUGAACCUCAUUCUGCAGACAGAGAGACAGAUGAAAUCUGUGACAGAGCAUAUUGAUAAUUCAUCUCCACUUACUUCAAAGUCUUCCAAGAAGACUCCUCUAACUCGAGUCAAGUCGUCUCCAAACAAACGUCUCCACUCCGUAGACGAGUAUGAACAGGCUCCAGAAUCAGAAAUGUUUCUACUGGAGGACUCAAGUCCUAGCCAUGACGAGCCAUUCUACUCUUCGGAGGAAGAGGAGGAGGAAGAAGUACCUUUUCCCAAAGAAAAUGGGAUUUCUCCAGAAUUCAAAAAACAAAAGGAAAUUCUGAUUGGAAAAGGCAAAAAUACCAGUCGUAGAUCGAGCACCACUCCCAUGAAGAGCGGGCGGUUCCAGAAGAAGCCCCUACAGUAUUCCUCCUCGGUGCCCAUCAUGGUUCCAAGGUGGGGGGUAUCGGGGAAUAAAGACUCUGGGGACGAAAGUGAUGAAGAUCCCACCCCCUCAGACCCUAGCGAGAUGGCAGCUUCCAUGCAGGCUCUUGCCCGAAGCAUCACCAACGACGAGAGAAUGAUCUUCGGAGACAGACCCCGCCCAAGGCUGAACACUGGCGACUUCCAUCAUUAGUUCUGUGAUUUUUUUUUCAUCCCCGUGUAAAUAUUUUAAAAGAAAAAACUAUAAAAAGAGAUUUCCUCCCAUUAACCUUUUAUAGACUUUUGUGAUAUCUACAUUUAUUUUAGAUAUGAGGUUUGUAUUGAUGACCGUCAUUAAUGUUAUACAUUAAUGUACCUGUAUUAUGCUUCGGUUAUAUUUGUUUGGUUUAUGAUAGGUAUUGCGCAACUCUGUUUUUAUGUUUAUGGUUUUAUGUUGAGAACAUUUUUAUCCUUUACGGCCCAGUGCAGAUAACAAGAAUCCUUGGAUACAUUCACAUGCAUUUUGAUUUCUUCAAAAGAUAAAAAAAAAAAUUUUAAAUUGUACUUUUAUAAUUCAAAUUACUGAGUUUCAGAAUUAUCCAUAAAAUCAAAAAACACAGCCAGCAAAAUCAAUCUCAGAACUUGUGCUAGUAUACCCCGAAGUUCAAAACAAAAGUAUUUUCCUUCUUUUAACAGCCAAAAUAUGUAGUGCUUUUAUUCCAAUAGAUAUUUUAACCGUUCACUUAGAAAAGAUGACUCUAAAUUGAAAAUGUCAACCAUCAUCGACUUGGGCCCUUUUCCUGUCUUCACUUUAAAAAAUUGUCAAAGAUUUUUGACAGUUGUACAGAUAAUAAUUCACAUAUUGUUUUGAAUACUAGUUUUUAUUUUAAUUGAUUUGUUGUGCAUUUUAUUGAUUUGUUACACUCAUAUUCAUGGUUGAAU